AUCAACCUUUGAAAUUCGUUGUGCUCCGGCCCGAGUGAGCGGAUCGACAUAUUUCCUCCAUCGUCCUGCAUUAACGGGGCGAUCAAACCCGCGCUUGGACGAGCGACAAACGCAUAUUUUGUUAAAGGAAGAAGCUCGGAGCGUGGAAGGUACGGAAGAGAAGGCAGGGCGCGCGCAAAAAAAAAAAAAAAAAAAAAGUGGACAAAUGGUGGGAGACGCCACGGGAACCUGUAGCCUAUAGGUACAAAAGUUUGUGGAGACACUGAGGAGGGACGAGAAGAAGACAACAACGUCAGAGUCUCUGUUAAAAUCGGCUUCUCACCGGAUAUCGUCUUAUAAGCAAAUACUCUAUUAGCUAUAUCAGCUGUGGGGGUUCGUUUCAGUGGGAGUUCAGUGGUGGAGAAACUACAAUAGGAGCAGUAGAGAGUGAGAUAGCGGGGAGACACCUGGAGAACUCAGCAUGCCGCGAGCAUUCCUGGUGAAAAAGCCCAAUGUUUCACCCGGCAAGAGAAGCUGGAGUGAUCUACCUGACCACGAGCGAGGAGAUAUUUACAUACCAGUCUCUGUGUCCCCUCCAGCUCUGUGGGAGGAGACAGAGGCAAGUACAGCUGAAGUGGCCCUAUGUCUGUCGACUCAUAAAGAAAACAACAGAUGUAUACAGAAAUACAUGCUAGAGCCCUAUGCAGUGGGUUCUACAGCUGAACUGCCCUCCUGUACUGCUCUGGGACAGCAGUCCAGUCCUGAAACAGAGCGCAUCCGAAGUAUACAGAGCACCAAAUAUGUCCGCUCCAAGAUCAAGGUGACUACAGGUGAACCUGUCGAAGCUCCUCGUAACAUUUUGAGCCCAACUGAUGAUCCCCCUGUGACUGUGGCAAACCCAUGUCCCACAACCAGCAGCAGGACAUCUUCUGCACCUACAGCAGGAGGAACCUAUGCAUGUCAGGUGUGCCAGAAAGUGUUUCAGCACCAACGCAUGCUCAACAGACACCUAAAGUGUCACAGUGAACAGAAACGACAUUUGUGCACUUUCUGCGGAAAGGGCUUUAAUGACACCUUCGACCUCAAGAGGCAUGUGCGCACACAUACAGGUGUUCGUCCAUACAAAUGCAGUUUGUGUGAGAAGGCCUUUACCCAGCGCUGCUCUCUAGAAUCCCACAUGAAGAAGAUCCAUGGUGUGACGCAGCAGUAUGCCUACAAAGAACGGCGCACCAAGCUCUAUGUUUGCGAGGAAUGUGGCCACACUGCUUCCACCCAGGAUUCACUAUUGCGCCAUAUACAUAACCAACAUCCAAACAGUGCCUUCUUGCGGGCCAAGGGGGCACGUAGACAUUCCGGGGGAGCAAGUAUGGGUGGACGGGAGGAAAACUCCUUGCCUGGCUCUCCUUUAUCUUUGAACAGUGAUGACACAACAGGAUCAGGAGGACGGUAGAAAGAAUUGAGAAAGAAAUGAUUAAGACAUAAGAUUAUAUUGUCAAAAUAUACACAUCUCAGGCAUUAUGUCACCUGCAUUAUAUGCAAUGAUAAGUUGAAUAAUACAAGUAAGAAAGUAAAACUGGAAACUUCACAAUCCAUUGAAUAAGGAAAUUGAAAGACAUGAUUGACAGACUGGAUGAAUUGAUGAAUAGGCUUUAAGCAGUGACCAUGGAUUGUCUUUGAGUUUACAUAUCAAAUAUAGAUGAGGGCUGGUUCUUCGCUUUAAAAUCGCUUAAAAGCAAAAUAAUGAUUAUGCACUAGUUUAGUUUACAUAAAAGCUGAUUUUGAAUAACUUUAAAAGAAAACACUAUUUGAUGUAAAUAGUACUCUAUUCUCACUCAGGGAAUUUUUUUUUGUUUGUUUCAAAAAUAUUGUUAUAGUAAAAUUGUUGUAUAUUAUGUACUAUUUUGUGGCAAGGAAUUAUUGAAGAGGGAAUGAUGUUUGGUCAGUAAUUACUGAUGUUUGUAAUAUAUACUGUAAGAUGUGUGAAGAAAUGUGUAUUUAUCAAGGUGGUGUGUAAUGUUCUCUUGGUGGAGUUUAUAAUUUCUUUCAGAUUUUAUACAUUUAUAAUAACAUAAAUCUUUGUACAGAACAUGAACAUGGAUUCGCAUUUUCAAAUUAUUAGCAUCUGUAAUGUUCUCACUGCAGUUACUGUCAAACAGUUUAAUAACAGUAAUAAUGCUGAUUUGUCUUGAGGCCUAAUUAGUUUAACUAGAGGCAAUAAAAUUUUGCUACAUAACUUUUUAAAGUAAAUGUACUUUCUAUAUAAAACAAUAAACUUUAAUUUUAUA